GAACCGUCAUUGAUAAGCUGGAUGUUCUGGAUGUUCUGGACGAUGAGCCAGUACCCGGAACGGAUGAAUGUUGAGCCGACAGAGAUCGCAUGCCCAUACAAAUCCUACAGCCAGAACGGAUUUCUUUACGCCAAGAGAGACUUUCGGACACUUUUCAACCUGCUGUUACCAUGAUAAUUACAUUCCUAAAUUCGAAGAACAAACUUUCCAUAGGUAGUUUAGUCGCAGCAUCGGCGACGAGGGAGAGAUAGCAACCGACGCAAUGAGUUCUUUUGGAUCACCUGGUGGGGGGAAGAUGAAUACGAGGCCUACGCCUCCGGAGCGUGGGAGCUUCCCUCUUGAUCAUGAUGGGGAGUGCAAGGACGUCAUGAAGAAGUACCUGGGGUGUAUGAAGAGGCUCAAGGGCAUGAACGACCCCGAAUGCAGGAAUCUGGCAAAGUGGUACCUAACAUGCCGCAUGGACAACAACCUGAUGGCGAGAGACGAAUUUAAGAACCUGGGGUUCGCCGAUGAACCACCCAAAGACAAUAAGAAGGGGGAUGGGAAGGAGGAGAAGAAAGAAAUUCUGUGGUAGAUACGACCGGAGUGGCGCGAGGUGGGGAGUGUGAGAUAUGUAUGAGAUAUAUGGGUAAGGUUGUGAGAUAUGUAUGAUAUUAGCAUGAAGGGCGUUGAAAAAGCAUAGCAAGGGGUGUUGGUUGGAACAACCAGGUAGCGUAGCUAGUUGCCGGAAGGUAUAUUGUAUAAUACCUAUUCCACUUUCAUACAGAGUUUUGAAAUG